CCAAGACUAAAAGCCAGGUUUUCUGACUUUUCUGGGCACUGAAGCUGCCACCAUAGAUACCAAGGCAAAGAGAGCCAGUGGACCAGAGUGAGUGCUGAUCUUCUCUUCUCUUCUGGACUCCAUAACCCCUGGUAUAGCUGAAUAAGAUGAAAGAAGACACACAGUGCCUUGUCUUUUUUUUUUUUUAACGACAGUGUGGUACAUGGCAUACUUCUGGGGCAUAUUCAACCCCCAGAUCUGGUUUAUUUACAACUUUCUUGAAGCUAAGACUUCAGUUUUCCUGCUGGAGAACAGAAGAUAAGAAGCAAGAAGGCAUUAGGGGCAUUCGAAGAAGGUAUUUGAAACCAGAAGCUGGAAGAAGAGCCCAUAGGGAUUGGGAAAGAAAGAACUACAUUGCUCUGGGUCAUGUUAGAACAUUAACCAGAAAUUCCUGAGAAGGAGAGGCUAGUAUCAACCCAGGAUGUUGAGCCUGAAGCUGCCCAAGUUAUUCAAAAUAGACCAAGUACCCCAGGUGUUCCAUGAACGGGGCAUAAUUUGUGGCUAUCGGCAUCCUCAGAGUUCAGCCACCGCCUGUAUCCUCAGCCUUUUCCAAAUGACCAAUGAAACCCUCAACAUCUGGACACAUUUGCUCCCUUCUUGGUACUUCAUGUGGAGGUUUAUGACCACCCUGUGCAUGGUUGAUUUCUGGAAUGACAGCUACUGCUGGCCUCUGCUUAUCUACCUGAGUACCAGCUUCAUUUACCCUUUUGCCUCCAGCUGUGCCCACACCUUCAGCUCCAUGUCCAAGAAUGCCAGACACAUAUGUUACUUCCUGGAUUAUGGUGCAGUCAAUCUCUUCAGCUUGGGUUCGGCCAUAGCCUAUUCUGCAUACACAUUCCCUGCCACGUUGAUUGGCACCACCUUCCAUCACUACUUUGUGCCCCUGGCUGUGCUGAAUACCAUUUUGAGCAUCGGACUUUCCUGCUACUCCAGGUUCCUUGAAAUCCGGAAGCCCGGGCUCUGUAAGAUAUUACGCAUCCUGGCCUUUGCAUAUCCCUAUACCUGGGACGCCAUCCCCAUCAUCUACAGGCUAGUCUCAUCAUUAGAAGAGAGUUCUGGGGAGGCAGCAAACCCCUAUCACCAAAAGCACACCGUGAUUGCCAUCCUUGCUUGUUUCCUCUAUGCUGCACACUUACCUGAGAGGCUUGCACCAGGACGCUUUGACUAUAUUGGUCAUAGUCACCAGCUUUUUCAUGUAUGUGUCAUCUUGGCAACACACUUGCAGAUGGAAGCCAUAUUUCUGGACAUGACAUUGAGGAAAGAGUGGCUUUUAGCUACUUCAAUACCUCCCUCUUUCUCUCAGACAGCUGGGGCAAUAUUUCUGUGCAUCAUCUUCAGCCUCAUUAACAUCGCUUACUUCUCAGUUUCUCUGUAUCAGACUCCAGAGCCAGAAUUACAAAAAAAAGAAACAUGAUCCAGCCUAUAUGCUUUUUAAAUUUGUAGGAUAAUGUGAUUAUGUUUUAACUAUGUCACCACUGAAAAGUGGUCCAGUACUUCUCAUAAAAUGCUAUGGUAUUCAUAUUGGAUUUGUGAAUCAGCUUUUGUGAGUAAGCUGGUGUGGGAGAGGUAUUUAAGUGGGGGAAAUGUCUCAAUUUGCACUGAUUUUGUAUGUAGUUUGUUAAAGAUGGAGAGAAGUUAGAACAUGUCUCCGUAUGACAAGAUGAAUAAUAUUUUAUGAAGUUGAAAUUUAUUUUGAUCAAUUUUUCAACUCCCAUUACAUAUUAAGGGCUAAACAAAUCACUAAUCUGCCUUCACACUAUAAUUUUUGAAGAAUUACUGUAUUCUAUAGUGAGAUUUAUAUUGAGUAUCAUCUAUCAACAAUUCCUUUAACUUCCAUGCUUCUAGUCCUUCUAAAAGGAGACAGAUAAAGGUAGAAGACAGUUGGGAGGAUGCAGAAAAAAAAGAAAGAAAAGAGUACUAAGUACUGUAGGGGUUGAGGUGGGAAUGAAACCUAGAGAACAGUAGAAGAGUCCAUUCCCUUCUCAACUGGUCAACUUCCUUUCUUCUCUCUGCUAGGGAAAUAGAAGCAGAGUUCUCUUUCCCUACAGUUCCAUUUGGUAUUCAAAGUGGCAGAUCCUAUCUAAUUCACUCCAGAUUUGAUAAGCAGAUCUGGGAUUCAGAAGUAUAUUCUUAGAAUCCUCUACCAAUGCCUUACUAUUGUAGGCUAUGAAAUGUUUUCCUAGUGCCAAUAGGAUGCAGGAAUAUAAGAUGUAAUGGACAUGAAGUAUUUAAAAUAAUGAACUUUUGGUGACUAAAUAUUAAACUGUGAUUGUUGGUUUUUUCUACUGAAUCAAAUAAUCAUAUAUAUAUUCUAUAGAAUUAUAGAACAUCAGAGUUGGGAGAUACCUCAGAAGAAUCAUCUAGUCUAAACCUCUUAUUUUAUAGAUGAAGAAAUUGAGGACUAAAUAAAGAGCUGAGUAUUGCAAACCUGGGAGAGUACAGCUGAACCCCAAAUCAGAAGUAAUCAAUUGUUCCUAGGUCUGCUUAAUUUCUCUAAUAAGUUAGAUAAACAGUCUUUGUUUUCCAGUCUGGGUUCUUUUCUUCUUUUCCCCUUACCUACCCUAUCACCUCUUUUUUAAGACUAGGGCUUAGAGAAAAAUCGGUCAAAAUUCUCCAUGAGAAAACAGAUAUUCAAACAUGCCUCAUCUAGAGGAAAAAGCUUGAAUUUGGGCUUAUAGGCUAUCAUUUUCCUAGUAGCUUAACAUGUAUAAAAAGUUUUUAGGUUGUCACAGAACCAGGAUUUAAAAACCCACUGCGGUGCUCCAUGGAGACUUUAAUACUAUUAUCAUUUUACAUUUAUUUAGUGCUUUUAACUUUUCAAAGUGCCUUUGAAUUUACUAACAUCCUGGGGAUUGGCUGGGUACUAUUCCCAUCUGGCAGGUAAGAAAACUGAGGCUCAAGGAAUUGGAAGAAGGGGUCAUGUUACUUAGCAAUAAAUUCUAGCUGACCCAGAACUGCCUCAUUUAGAAGUGUCAGUUCAAGGGAAUGGGAUGGAAGCUCUUCCUGUUGUUUCUCCAAAGGUGCUGUCACCAAGGGAAGAAGGGCAACAACUAGGAAAGCAUAAAGAGUUUUGAUGUGAAAACUGUGGGAAGGGAGAAGGAUUAUUUUACAUAAAAAGUAUUCUCCUCUUCCUAUGUUUAACAUUGCCUCAAUUUUAAAUAUACUACAGGGAUUAGUGUUAGUGUGCCAAGAAUGCCAAAAGCCAAAGAAGGAAACUAAGAAAUGCCACAGAAUAUGUGAAGCCCUGUCUAUAAGGAACAUCUUCGGUAUUCAUAAGUUUAGUAUUCCACAUCUUGGUUCAUAAGAAUUUCCCCAUCUUGGUUCCGAUGGUUUCCACUUCUAAACAGAGUUCAAACUCUUAGUAUUCACUAUCUGUUCCAAUACCAUGUUUCAUAGGAAUAAAUUAAGUGCAGAAAGGUAGAAAUGGUGAAAUAACUAAUUUACAAAGGACUCUUCCAUAAACUCUCUUAUCUCAGGUCAUGUUACAGUAUUUUUUUCUCAUUCAUGAACUCCCUAAAUACUGAAUUCAAAAUGAAACUGGUCAAGAUCCUAGAAUAAUCCCACACCCAUUCAGGCAACAACUUAUUGUUGAUGCAUCGUGAAGAAAUAUUAUUUCAUCGUAUUAUCAGUUUACUUCCUGUGGAUAGGGUAGACAGGCAAAAUAAAAUUAUAUGGGUAGUAAGUCUUUGGUACUUUAUCACAGGCUGCUCUGAAGGAUGUGCUACUGGGAGGAAUAUUCACACAUUAGAGAUAUUAGACCUUUGUUAGCUCAGCUCACUCUCACUGUAAUUUUAAGUCUGUGAUAAAAAGCAUUCAAUGAUACAAAAUUUAAAUGCUUUUUUCUACUUAUGCAAAAAACAUCAUGAUGAUGACUGAAAUGUUAUUUUUAUUAUGUAUGAUUGUACAGUACUGAUAAUUUGCUCAAGAAUUGAAUCAGAAAUGAUUAACAAGGAUUAUUGGGUUUUAUAAUGUAGAUGUAUAUGAUUUUAUCUUUCAACUUGCAUGUGACCUUGUUAAAAAUGACAGUAUAAACUAUAAAAUUUUUAAAAAACUUUCUAGGUUUGGGUAGAUAUAGAAUGCAUAAGCUUUUUCAUAAAGUUUGUGGUCAAAAACAUAAGAUAAUUUACAAGACAUGGAUUUUAGAAAUUUUCUUCUAAAGUGAACUAAGAAUUAUUUACAUGUUCAAGAAAUAUCAAUUACCUUUCACUGGGGAUAGGAACUGGACCUCUGAGCUCAGUGAUACAGAGAACUUCCAGAUGUGGGGACUCUCUCUACCAAUAAACAUCAGUACCUUCUCUGCAACUUAUCAUCAGAAUUGCCUAGAGCUAGUGCUUUGAGGGGUUAAGUGACUUGUCUGGGAUCACAAAUCCAAUAUAUGUCAGAAACAGGACCUGAACCUAGACCUUCCUGAUCUGGGGGGCCAGCUAUAAAUCUACUCUAUGACAAUGCCCCACACCCUCUCCCUUCCUAUCCUCCUCUCUCUUUGGAGAAAGUAGAGGAGAUACAAAUAUAAUAAGCAAUAUCAAAUAUAAUGAUAUGCAGUUAUAUCUAGGUACUGGUAGAAAGUUGAAGGGAUGGUAAGAAGUUCACUGUCAUACAAGUAGACAUGACAAGAAGUAUAUCUUGUAAUACUCAAUUUUACUAACAUUGCAAUUAAGGUAAAAUGUUUGUCUGGAAGAAGUCAUUUAUGUUCAAAUUGUACUGAUCCCUUUUGAUCUGUACCUGAGAAAGGUCUGCAACUCCUUCAAAUAGCUAUGCAACAUCUCUUCUGAAUAAAUGAAUUCAUGGUUACCUAUAUGAUAUUAUGAUAAUUUGGGGAACCCUAUAGACUAUAUGAUUACAAAAAUGAUAUUAAUAAUAUUUUGACUACUGAUUAGACCAUAAGCAUGAAUUAAUCAAAUGUUGAAGUUUCUUGCCAAAGAUCCAUUUUGGAUGAAAAGAUAAGGUCAAUUGAGUCCCCUUUCUAAAAAAGAGAUGUAUAUGUAUGUGUUUUCAAAUUGUGCUCGCUA